CCCCAGAAAUAAACUCAGUUGAUCCUUCGAUUAGCUGUGUCUCCCUAUCUCUGCUUGCUAAUUUCUUUAACUUUAGCUAAAAAUCCUUCCAAAUUCUCUCAAACUCCUUAAUUGGCUUCCUCUUCAAAUUGCUGUCAAUCAGGCUCCUUCCUUGCUCUUUUAGAGCGUUACAGCCUCUACAAGGCUUUUGCCUCUCGGUGCCUUGGCUGCCUUAGCAGCUAAGAGACCUCGUGGCCAGCCGACGAGGUUCACCCUCAGGCUGCCUCAUUGCCACUCGCCUCUGCCGCGCGGCCCAAAGAGCACCAGCAGUUUCACUUCAAGGCUCCGGAGGCAUGAUCGCUGCAGCUGCGCCACCGGAAAAGCCUCCUUUCAUCGCAGUGACCACAGGCUUCGUUUGCCAAGCUGCCUCUUCUUGCCGCCAGCAGCGUUAUUUGUCGGUUCCAAAUCCUCUCCUGGCGCUGGAGCGCUUGGCGGGCUGCAAACUGCCGGCUCACAACCUCAGCCCUUUCUCAGGACCCGGUCUACUCUAAAGGCAGUUAAUUUAGGUACGAAAGCAAUGGCAGCCAUUUUGUUUGGGUGGGAAGCUUUCUACGAUGCUUCAAAGUAACUGUGAGUAAUGGUGACCCAACAGGACCAUUCCUGAAGGGGGAGAUUCACCCAGUCCAGUUGCCCCCUCUGCUCCAGUUCCCUCUGGACCCAGGAGCAAAAAGAGAACCUAUAACAAGCCUUCUGCUACCAAGCCUGCUAAGGCCCCUAGGCCUGCUCCUCCUCAGGAGGCCCAGGAAGCUACUAUUCCUAGUGCCCCUUAAUGACAAGGCCUCUGACCCUGCUCCUCGUAAGGUCACUUCCAAGACCAAUCAUUGCUCCACUCCUGCACCGGCUCCUAGGUUUUCUCCUUCACCUAAUUUCAACCCUAUGGAGGACCUCUCCACUGAUACUGAUGGGGAUAUCUCCCCCGCCCAGCUUCUCCCUUGAACCCUGAGGAUGGGAUUGGAUUUCAAGGGGAUUUUGAUUCUGAAGGGAAUAGCAGCAUCACCCCUGACAUAGAUGUGGGUUCCCCUGCUCCCGGGUCUGUCUCCAUCAACCCUGAUGAUAUGGCUGACAUCAUAGCAGCUGCCAUUGAGCAGGGCAUUGCUGCAGGCCUUCAGCAUCGAUCUCCUGCUGUGCCACGCCUCAUUGUUGCACUUCCAAUAAAUCUAAGAGGGGUCGUUCCAACCAAGCUCAAGGGGCGACUUCUGCAAGCAUUUCUCAGCCUCCUGCGGUGGAUGCUGAGGAGCAGGUCACUCGUGAUUACAACCUGUUAGAGGAUGAGGGCUUGACCCCUGCGCUUUCUGCCUUAUUGGGCCUGUUCAAGCCUGCCUUGUUUCACUCCCUCUUGUUUAAAGCCAAGAAGGUUUCUGGUAUUCCGGCUUCUAAACCAUCCUCCUCUUCGGAGGCAGACAAGUCAGAUACCACAGACCCCCUCUUUUCACAUCCUCCCGUCAAAAAGGACAUAGUUCCUUCCCCGAAACUGUUUCUGGAGGUGAUUCAAAAUCAGUGGGCCUCUCCGGGGUCAGGGCCCUUCCUUCUACUCUGGAAAACAGUUGUAUAAUGUCAGCCCAGAGCUCUCUAAACUUUUGGAGGUUCCUUCCAUUGAUCUCCCAGUGGGGUCUUUGUCAUCGCCUAAUGCGGCCACCACUGCUCCAGAGGACGCUCUCCGCCCUGAGGACAAACGCUUUGACCAGUCACUGGUAAAGGGCCAGCAGUCCGCUGCAUGGGCGGUCAAGGCCACCUCUUCUGCUUCAUUUUUCAACAGGGCUGCCCUUUGCUGGCUAAAACAGAUGCAGGACAGGAUCCCUCCUGGAGAUUCCCACGCUCACUAGGAUAUCAACAAGCUUAGGGUGGCAAUGGAGUACACGGCAGAUGCCUCUGGAUGCGGCACGUUUCUCUUCUAGGUCCAUGGCUUCUACCAUCACCACCAGAUGUCUUCUUUGGCUGAAGCAGUGGCAAGCAGAGGCCAGAGCGAAGUGGCACUUGGUGUCCGCCCCCUUCUCACCCGGUUCUGCUCUUUGGUCCUCCUCUGGAGCCUCUCUUGGUUGAGUCCAAGGACAAACGCAAGAUCAUCACAUCAGGCCCACCAGAACAUCCAGCUCACCCUUCAGACCCUAAAGGACCACGGAUUUCUGGUCAACUUGAAGAACAGUCAUCUGCAGCCCACAACUCGCCUCACGCAUCUAGAGGCAGACACCUCUCUGGAACAGGUAUUCUUAUCCCUAGAGAGACAGGUGAGCAUUCACGACUUGAUCUCAUUCAUCCGUAACCAACAGACAGUUCCGCUCAUUCAACUGUCUCAACCUCUGGGCAAGAUGGUGUCUGCUUUCCACAUCGUGCCGUGGUCCAGGUUCCACAGUGGCCAGCUCCAAUGGCUUCUGCUCCCGUAUCAGAAGGCAAACUGUAGUUGCUCUACAAACAGAAUUCGCCUGACCUCGGAGGUAAGACGAUCCCUAUGCUGGUGGCUCUCCCCUGCCGUGACACAAGGUUCUCUUUUUCGUGAACCCCCAUGCAUCACACUAACGACGGAGGCUAGUCUGCAAGGCUGGGGAGCUCACAUUUUGUCACACAUGGCCCAAGGUCUUUGGUCAUGCUCCGACCAGAGGAACAGUAUCAACUGGCUGGAGCUGAAAGCCGUGUUUCUUGCCCUCCUUCAAUUUCACUCUCUUGUGGCCAAUGCGCAUGUGCUCGUCCUUACCGCCACCAAAGCACACAUAAACCGGCAGGGGGAGACAAAAUCCCGGCGUCUAAUGACUCUGUAUUUACAACUGAUAUCUUGGGCGGAAACCCACCUGUUGUCGCUCAGGGCCAAGCACAUAUCGGGGGUCCAAAACAUUCAGGCAGAUGGCCUCAGCCACAUGCACAUCGAUCCAGCAGAGUGGAGCUUACAUCGGCGCAUCUUCCAACAACUGACUGUCAGGUUUGGGCUUCCAGUUCUUGACCUCUUUGCCUCCCAGGACAACACUCAGUUACCGAGGUACUUCACUCGCUAUGCGACUCCAGGAGUGGAGGGCACGGAUGCUCUGAGAAGCGAGUGGCCUCUGGGCCUUCUCUAUGCCUUUCCUCCUACCCCACUCAUUCAGAGGGUGGUGCAAAAACUACUGAACUAAUCCUGAUUACUCCUUGGUGGCCCCGCAGACGCUGGUUUGCCGACUUCAUGAACUUCUCAGUAGCUCCUCCAUAGCAACUGCCCCAGUUCCCCUUGCUGCUCCACCAAGGGGCGUUCCAACAUCCAGACCUUCCGUGGUUGUGUCUCACUGCUUGGAGGUUGAGCAGGAAGCUCUAAGGACUGCGAACCUGUCUGCGGAGGUCAUUCAAACAAUUCAAGCCUCCAGACGUCCUUCUACUAAUCGAAUUUAUGAUGCCACUUGGACUCAAUUCUCUGUCUCGUGUCACUCAAAGGGCGUUGUUCCUCUUGAGGCUUCUGUUUCUCAUGUUCUUCAAUUUCUGCUGCGGGGGCUGGACCUAGGACUUUCACCGAACACUCUUCGCUGCCAGCUUGCGGCCCUGUCCCCAGUCCUCUCUGACUUCUGCUCAGUCUCUCUCUCAUGACCCUCUGAUCCAUCGUUUCUUGAGAGGUGCCACAAACAUCAAGCCACUGACAAUACCCACAUUCUUUACCUGGGAUGUCUCCAAAGUCCUGGAAUCCUUAACUCAGUCUCCAUUUGAGCUCUUGCAUUCUGUGUCCUUGCAUGUUUUAACAUUAAAAGCGGUUUUUCUUGUAGCCAUUACUUCAGCAAGGCGAGUCUCCAAGUUGGCGGCCUUGUUCACCAGACAAGAUUUAUGCAUCUUUCAUCCAGAUAAGGUAGUCCUUUGGCUUGAUCCGGCCUUGUACCUAAGGUAAAUUCUGUAUUCCAUAGAACCCAGGAAUUGAUGCUUCCCGAAUUCUGUCCUCAGCCAUCACACAGACUGGAAUGUAAGUGGCAUUACAUCGAUGUACGUCGUGCUUUAAGCAUUUAUAUUAAACAAACUGCUUCUUUCAGGCGAUCUGAGGCUCUUUUUAUCAAGUUCCAGCCUGGAGGUAGGAGAGGUUCCAAGGCCUCCUCUUUGGACAUUGGUCGUUGGGUACGGACAGCUAUUUCUAGGGUGUAUUCCACACUCUCUCUGCCUGUGCCACCUCAUAUCACGGCGCACUCUACAUGCAGCACAGCCACCUCUGCGGCCUGGUCAUCUCAAGCUUCGUUGGAGGAAAUUUGCCGAGCGGCUACAUGGACCUCAAUUUCUCCAUUCAUCCGACACUACAAGCUCGAUAGAUACACCUCAGCUGAUGCUUCCUUCGAACAGCGCAUGCUGCAGCAUAUCGUUGCAACUUAAGUUUCCUUUCUUAUUCUUUCCCUCCCAAUGAGACUGUGGGCUUUGAUAUGUCCCAUGCCUGGAUGAUGUCUCCACCUACUGGAGAAUGGGCGUUGAUACGCCCUUUCUCAGGACGGUGGAGACAUCAUCCAGCCCCACCCUGUUCCUUUGACUUAUUGCCUUUUCCUUUCUACUAUGUUUCUUGGGGAGAGAUAAUUUCUAUCAUUUCAGAUUGCUUACACAGCGGUCUACAAGUCACUCCUUCAUCUAUUUCUGGGGAGGAGCUUCGUGGGCGUGGCUUUAAUACUUGUAGACCCAGUCAUAUUGGAUUCUGACGGAGUCAUACCCAUGCCUGGAUGAUGUCUCCACUGUCCUGAGAAAGGGCAUAUCAGGUAGGUACCAACGCCCAUUCCUAUAUUCAAAAAUCCGGUGAGGUGAGUUGAGCUGAAAGAGAGUGACUGGCCCAAAGUUAUUCCACUGCCUUUCAUGGCUAAGGCAGGACUUGAACUGACAAUCUCCCAUUUUCUAGCCUGGUGUCUUGAUCACUAGACCAGACUGGUGCUCUAUAUAAAGAGCCAAUUGGCCAGUGAAGGAAAAGCAUUUUUCUCUAUGCACACAUAUCUUCCAGAAAAAAUAGAUUUGACCCAAUGCAAAAAUUAGCUGAUUUCGAUGCUACCCACCAAUGCUGGAAAAUCUGAGUAGGAUCCACACCUGCACAGCAUCUGCCAAGAUCCGUUUAAAUGAGGCAGAGUAUCUUCCCCUGAAUUUGAUGCUCCUCGAUAGAUAAUGGAUCAUAUGGUGACUAGCUGCCAUUUGAAGUCUUAUGCAGGUGGAAAAGCAGUCUUUCUCCAACUAACAAAUACUGUGCUUAAUUGGAUAAGUGGCCUAGAUAUUAAUAUAUUGAAUACUUCUAUACUUAUGAACCAAUGUAUUUUAAAAUGUAACCUAUAUGUAUGUAUAUAUGUAUGUAUGUGUAUGUGUGUAUAUAUAUUCCUUAAAGCUUACAAAAUUGUUUACAUAUCUCCAUCAUAUGCCUACCAUAGCAUUAUGUACUCCUUCUAUAUAAUUUUACUAUUGUUAUUCAUGUGCUCUAUACCAGGGUUCCCCAACCUCUGGGCUGCAGCUCACUAGUGGACUGUGAUCUGUUUGCAACUGGGUCAUGAAAAUGAUGGGCAAGUAUAUGUGCAUGCACAUGCAUUGCAAGCAGCAGGCAAACACAUGCAUGUAUGUGUGAGAAGCAGGUAUGCGUACAUGCUGCUCAUGCAAAUGGAGUUGCACUUGGGCACAUACUUGCCAUCACUCAUGCAAAACCAUCCCCUCUCCCUUCGCAAAAUCAGAAAAGUUGGGAACUCUGCUCUAUGCCAUACACUAAAUAAGUAAAUAAAUAUCUCCAGUGAAGUUAUUUGGGCAAUUUAUAAUAACAGAGAAUAUAUAGCAGAGAGGUCAAACUCAAGGCUCGUGGGCCAGUUUCGGCCCAUGGGGUGCUUAGAUCUUGCCCAUGAGGCUACCCUGGAAACAAUAAAGGACCAACCCACGGUGCCUUUGCCAGUGAAAAUUUAGCC